GGCCCGCGCUCGCACGGACGCGCGGACUCGGGGCCCUGGGGACGGCCUGCGCGUCCCGGGCUCGGCGGCCCGGCCUGGGGUCUCGGUCCAGCAGUUGGACAUGGAGACCCAACGCUCCUCCCCUCUGUCAUUCCCCAACGUCCUGCAGGAAGAAACUCCGCGUCAGGCCCCGGCCGGACUCCCUCGAGAAACUCUGUUCCAAUCCCACGUGCUUCCCCCCAAAGAACUCCCUUCUUUGUGUCCCGCUAUCUCCCGGCAAGGCUGCCUACCCCAGACUCCUGGCGCCCCCAAGCAAGAGACUUCUGGCCGAAUGCCACCCGUGCUCCAGAAGGGACCCUCACUCCUGUAUCCUGGCGCUUCCGAGCAAGAGACUCGGAUCCAGGGCCCCUUGACUUCCCCAGAAGAGCCCCCGUAUCCGCCCCCCACCACUGCCGAACAAGAGAUGUCCCUUCUCUCCCACUCCACCCACCAUCAAGAAGCCCCGCUCCACUCCCCCGAAGUUCCUGAGAGAGACCCCCUGACCCUGUCCCCCACCGUGCCCGAAACCGACAUGGACCCCCUGCUCCAGAGCCCGGUUUCCCAAAAGGACACCCCCUUCCAGAUCUCUGCUGCGGCCCAGAAGGACACCCCACUCCCAACGGCGGAGAUCACCCGCUUGGCCGUGUGGGCUGCCGUCCAAGCAGUGGAGAGGAAACUGGAGGCCCAAGCCAUGCGGCUCCUGACCCUGGAGGGCAGGACUGGCACGAAUGAGAAGAAGAUAGCUGACUGUGAGAAGACGGCAGUGGAGUUCGCCAACCACCUGGAGAGCAAGUGGGUCGUGCUGGGGACCCUGCUGCAGGAGUAUGGGCUGCUGCAGAGGCGGCUGGAGAACAUGGAGAACCUGCUGAAGAACAGAAACUUCUGGAUCCUGCGGCUGCCCCCGGGCAGCAAUGGGGAAGUUCCCAAGGUCCCUGUGACGUUCGACGACGUGGCCGUCCAUUUCUCGGAGCAGGAGUGGGGGAACCUGUCUGAGUGGCAGAAGGAGCUGUACAAGAAUGUGAUGCGCGGCAACUACGAGUCUCUGGUUUCCAUGGACUAUGCAAUUUCCAAACCAGACCUCAUGUCACAGAUGGAACGAGGGGAGAGGCCGGCCAUGCAGGAGCAGGACGACUCUGAGGAGGGCGAGGCGCCUGCUGAUCCCAGUGCCGCUCAUGAUGGGAUCGUGAUUAAGAUCGAGGUGCAGACCAACGACGAGGGCUCGGAGAGCCUGGAGACGCCGGAGCCCCUGAUGGGCCAGGUGGAGGAGCACGGCUUCCAGGACUCGGAGCUGGGGGACCCGUGCGGCGAGCAGCCGGACCUGGACAUGCAGGAGCCGGAAAACCCGCUGGAGGCAUCCACGGAGGGCUCAGGCGAGUUUAGCGAGCUCAAGCAGAUGUUGGUGCAGCAGAGGAACUGUGCGGAGGGGAUCGUGAUCAAGACCGAGGAGCAGGAGGAGGAGGAGGAAGACGAGGAGGACGACGAGCUGCCGCAGCACCUGCAGUCCCUAGGGCAGCUGUCCGGGAGGUACGAGGCCAGCCUCUACCCGACACCACUGCCGGGGGAGCUGUCCCCCGAGGGCGAGGAGAGCCCUCCGCCGCUGCAGCUGGGGAACCCAGCAGUGAAGCGGCUAGCGCCCCCGUCGCACGGCGAGCGGCACCCAGGCGAGAACCGGGGCUCGGGCAGCCAGCAGCAGCGGAACCGGCGCGGCGAGCGGCCCUUCACGUGCAUGGAGUGCGGGAAGAGCUUCCGGCUGAAGAUCAACCUCAUCAUCCACCAGCGCAACCACAUCAAGGAGGGCCCGUACGAGUGCGCCGAGUGCGAGGUCAGCUUCCGCCACAAGCAGCAGCUCACGCUGCACCAGCGCAUCCACCGCGUCCGCGGCGGCUACGCGUCACCCGAGCGUGGCCCCAGCUUCACCCCCAAGCACUCGCUCAAGCCGCGCCCCAAGUCGCCCAGCUCCGGCGGUGGCAGCGGCGGCGGCCCCAAACCCUACAAGUGCCCCGAGUGUGACAGCAGCUUCAGCCACAAGUCCAGCCUCACCAAGCACCAGAUCACACACACAGGCGAGCGGCCCUAUACGUGCCCCGAGUGCAAGAAGAGCUUCCGCCUGCACAUCAGCCUGGUUAUCCACCAGCGUGUGCACGCGGGCAAGCACGAGGUCUCCUUCAUCUGCAGCCUGUGCGGCAAGAGCUUCAGCCGCCCCUCACACCUGCUGCGCCACCAGCGGACUCACACGGGCGAGCGGCCCUUCAAGUGCCCCGAGUGCGAGAAGAGCUUCAGCGAGAAGUCCAAGCUCACCAACCACUGCCGGGUGCACUCGCGCGAGCGGCCGCACGCCUGCCCCGAGUGCGGCAAGAGCUUCAUCCGAAAGCACCACCUGCUGGAGCACCGGCGCAUCCACACUGGGGAGCGGCCCUACCACUGCGCCGAGUGCGGCAAGCGCUUCACGCAGAAGCACCACCUGCUGGAGCACCAGCGCGCGCACACGGGCGAGCGGCCCUACCCCUGCACGCACUGCGCCAAGUGCUUCCGCUACAAGCAGUCGCUCAAGUACCACCUGCGGACCCACACGGGCGAGUGAGCGUAGCCCGGCCCAACGGCCCGGCCCGAGCCCAGCGGGCGGGCACGGGGCGCCCCCAGCCCGUUUGCCGUGAGCCCUCCCCCACCCCCUCUCCCUUCGUCCCUCCUCUCCCCCCUCCCCCCCCCCCCGGGGCGGCCGCGUCUCCCCCGGGGGGCCCCAGUGGGGG